GGUCCGGUGAGCGGGGGAGGGAGAGCACCGCCGCCGACGGACUGAGCGGGAGCGGGGGGAGGGGGGGGGUGAAGGAGCCGAGCGCGAGCGGCCGGCGCAGCCGCGGUCACCGCCCGCGGCGCGAGACCGCCGCCAGGGAGCAGGGAGGGAAACCCCGCGGCCGGACGACCGUUGGCGAUCGGUGGGCGCGCGAACCUUCCGGAACCUUCCGUCCUUUCCCCCCCCCCUCCCCGGGCGGCGCUGACAGGAGCCCCCGCCUCCCCCCUCGGGGGAGGAGGCGGCGGCCGCCUACCCCCGGACAGCGCACCGGCUGACCCACCCGCACAGCCCCCGGGACCACCACCGGCACCACGGCGGCGGCAGCUGCGGCCGAGCACACGACGUUCACUCUGGCCUCCUCCUCCUCUUCCUCCGACUCGGAGAGCGGCGGAGUGUCUCCGCCACCGCGGAAGAAGCAGCGAGGGGCGGCGGCGGAGGGCGAGGGUGGGCCCGGGGCGGCGGCCUACGGCGCAGCUCGACUAGGCCCUAGCAACCCUCCAGGUAACUUCGGCGGCCUCCUGGGCCUAGGAGGAGGAGGCGGAUCCGGGCGCCCGGCUCCCGGCGUCAUGCAGGCCAACGGGAACCAAGGCGGUGGCGAGACGGCGGCGCAGAACGGGGACGUGACGGGCCGUGAUUCGGGCCAAGCCGGGCCCGGGGAGGAAGCGGCCGGUUCCCAUGGUGUCAUCCCGGGCUUCACCCCCUCGGCCGCUCACUCCAACGGGCUGCUCUCCUCCUCCACCACCUCGCUGGCCGUAUCCUCCGCCGCCGCCGCCGUCCCCCUGGUGUCCGGGCCCGGCGGGAUGAGCCCCGACCAAGCCGCGUACAAGAGGAAGAAGCGCUUGUCCCAGAUGGACGAGGAUGUGAUCCGCCUGAUCGGACAGCACCUGCACGGCCUAGGACUGAACCAAACGGUGGAUCUUUUGAUGCAGGAAUCGGGCUGCCGCUUAGAGCAUUCUUCUGCUACUAAAUUUCGCAAUCACGUUAUGGAAGGAGAAUGGGAAAAGGCUGAAAACGAUCUUAAUGAAUUGAAGUCUUUGGUGCACUCACCUCAUGUGAUUGUGAAAAUGAAGUUCUUACUGCUGCAGCAGAAGUACUUGGAAUAUCUGGAAGAUGGCAAGGUUCUAGAAGCCCUUCAGGUCCUGCGUUGUGAACUGACUCCCUUGAAGUACAACACAGAGCGAAUACACAUCCUGAGUGGGUAUCUCAUGUGCAGUCAUACAGAUGACCUGAGGGCAAAGGCAGAGUGGGAAGGAAAAGGAACAGUUUCACGAUCAAAAUUACUUGACAAGCUUCAAAUGUACCUGCCCCCAACAGUAAUGCUACCUCCACGACGCUUACAGACUUUACUGCGCCAAGCAGUGGAACUGCAGCGGGACCGGUGCCUAUAUCAUAAUACUAAGCUAGAUGGCAAUCUAGACUCAAUGUCUCUGCUUAUAGACCAUGUUUGUAGUAGGAAGCAGUUUCCCUGCUACACACAACAGAUUCUCACCGAGCACUGCAAUGAAGUAUGGUUCUGCAAGUUCUCCAAUGAUGGCAGUAAAUUAGCAACAGGAUCCAAGGACACCACAGUUAUUAUAUGGCAGGUUGACCCUGACACUCAUCAGCUUAGACUGCUUAAAACUUUAGAAGGUCAUGCUUAUGGAGUAUCCUACUUGGCUUGGAGUCCAGAUGAUAAUUACCUUUUGGCCUGUGGCCCUGAUGACUGCUCUGAACUAUGGCUUUGGAAUGUGCAGACAGGAGAACUCAGGACCAAGAUGAGCCAAUCCCAUGAGGAUAGUCUAACGAGUGUGGCUUGGAACCCAGAUGGAAAACGUUUUGUGACAGGUGGACAACGUGGGCAAUUUUAUCAAUGUGAUUUGGAGGGAAAUCUACUGGAUUCGUGGGAAGGUGUGCGAGUGCAGUGCCUAUGGUGUCUAAACGAUGGGAAAACAGUUCUUGCCUCAGAUACACAUCAAAGGAUACGAGGCUACAAUUUUGAGGACCUGACUGAUAGGAAUAUAGUGCAAGAGGAUCAUCCGAUAAUGUCGUUUACAGUUUCGAAGAAUGGAAGGUUAGCCUUGUUAAAUGUAGCAACUCAGACCGUGGUUGAUGAAGAGAAAAGGCAGGAGAAAUCGAUUCGCUCAAGAGGAGUUCAUCUAUGGGACUUGCAGGAUCGUGUUUUAGUGAGAAAGUAUCAAGGUGUGACACAAGGAUUUUACACAAUUCAUUCAUGUUUUGGAGGCAACAAUGAAGACUUUAUAGCCAGCGGCAGUGAAGAUCACAAAGUUUACAUUUGGCACAAACGAAGUGAACUGCCUAUAGCAGAGCUGACGGGACACACUCGUACUGUAAACUGCGUGAGCUGGAACCCGCAAGUCCCGUCCAUGAUGGCUAGUGCUUCAGAUGAUGGUACGGUGAGGAUAUGGGGACCAGCGCCUUUCUUGGACAACCAGGAGUCUGAAGAAGCUUGUAGUAGCAUGGAUAGUUGACGGUGACUUUGCAAGGGACAACUUUUGAACUGAAAUUAAGUCACGGAACAAAAUGGCUUUGGGUUUUGGCACAAACCAACUGCGGAUGAUCACUGGACAAACGUGCUUAUGACGAAACUCAUUCCAGGUCCUCUUAACUGGUGCCAGCAUCUUACCGCCUUGCUUCAUAGUUACAAAUCCUGGAGAAGCAAUCUCGUUAGACAACAGUGGGAUGCCAAUUUGAAUUUUGCCCAUUGGUUGAGGAAUCGUGUUACAUUGCGACUCCAUUGAACUCUGAUUCUUUUUUGGCUCUGGCAGUCUACCUUGUUCUACACCAUGGAAUUUUAAAUGCUUGUUUGGGGUCUAACUCAUAGAUGGCUUGCUAGGGUGAGGAAUGCUAGUCUGGGACAAACAUGCAGUAAAAUAGAAUGUUUUCCUUGUUUUCAAUCUGUUAGCCUGAAUAGUGGAACUAACUACAGCUCAGUCUAUGGACUAGACCUUGGGUCAUGUUGCCCUGGACUCUUUUUUUCAUUGUGGUAUUUUGGGGAAAGAAGGAGCUUAGGUAUUCAUGUACAAAAUUUCAGGGUUUUUUUAAAUAUCCGAAUUGUUGGUUGAAUCAUUUAAAUCUUAUUUUCUGCACUCAUUCCCUGAUCAUGGUCUUCCAUUUGUUUUAUGGUAUAUUCAUUUCAGUGUUUUUGAAGUGAUCGCAGCAGUGAUUUUUAUUAAUUCACUGGUGGGGGUGCCAUGUUCACUUAUUUAGGGAUGUCAAAUCUAAACUGAUAGACUGAGAGUGUUGUACUGCUUCUUGUAUGGUGGUACAUAUUCUUUUAUUCCAUUCUGUAACUUCACCUGUUUUUUGUGGAAAGAAUCAGUGCCAAGUGAUGUGGCAUGGCCAUUGUACAAACCAGCUAGUUCACAGUUCCUAUUUGGCUAGUCCUUGAUCUCAACUGGGGGUUGGCGUUAUGAUUUCUCCUAUGUGCAUGGACAUGAGAUAGGAAAAACACAAUGUAUGUGAAGCGUGCAGCACUUUCUGAGCACCUGCAGGUGAGUGGUAACACGACGACAGUGGCAUGGCAGUGAGCCCCUCACCAGCUUGCCUUCCUGUUGGAGACUGCUGCUGAGUAUGGGCAGGCUCAAAGCAAGGAAAUUGGGAGAGAAUGUAAAUGUUUGAUGAGGAGAAAUCGUCCCACAUCUUGAUUUGUGCAAUAUAUACUAUAUUCCUUUGCACUUUUUCUUUUUAUGUGGCCACUUUUAAAAUCCCAACUAUCUACAAAUAAUCUUCAAGGUUUCACAGCUCAUAUUACUCAAUCAUUUUUUUUAGCUUAUGUUACUUAAUUUUGUCUGCCCCUCAAAGUAUAACAUUGGCGGUUCCAUAAUCACCAGAUAUUGUAUUGCUGCUGGUUUGGGAGGGGCACAGGUGCUACCUCUACUGGUGAACCAUUUGCCUGUGUAGAAUUUGCUCCUCCUCUUACUGACAUUCACUUACUGUGCAAGUCUAAGGAAGGUUAAGCAAAGUGGCUUUAUAUAGUGCUGUAAACUGGAAAUUGACCUAUAUGGGUUGGUGAGGAGGUGGGAGGACCAGCACUGCAAUCUGAUCAAUUGAUCAAACAGCCAAUUGAUUGAUCACAAAGUUGUACUUUGCCAAUUUAUUGUACAUUCUUUUAGAGUCCGCAACCUAUUUUUUAUGUAUAACUGCUCUUAGAAUUGAGAUUAAAUUCUCCUCUAAAUUUGGGUUUGUGUUAUUUGGAAAUAUGCUGUUACCACUGGAAAAGGAGAGGAAAUGAAGAAGAUUAUUUUGCUGAGAUGGGGUAGGAACUGGGUUUAGUUAAGAAAUAUGGUAGUUUGUAUUUAGUCCAUUAAACUCUCUGUUGGGAGGAAAGAGUUUAGAUAGUUGAGAGAGCACUGCAUCACUGAUAUACCAUCGAUGAUGAUCAGUGAAUGCAAUUUAACCUUGACCAAAAGGAAAUGGGCUUUACUUCAGAACUGUCUUUAACUUUGCAACAUUUUUUUCACUUUGGGAGGUGGGAAUUGCUGGCAAGGCCAACAUUUUAUUGGCCAUUCAUAAUUGCCCUUGAGAAAGUGGCAACCUUGAACUACUGCAGUCCUUCUGGGGGAAGGUACUCCCACAAUGUUGUUUGGCAGGAAGUGCCCAGAUUUAGUCCCAAUGACAAUGAAGGGACACGGUAUAUUUCCAAAUCAGGAUGUGGUCUGCAAUUUGGAGGGAAACUGAAGGUGGUUCUGUAAUUUGAGUUUAGAAUUUAAUUUCCGCAAAGGUCAAUAGUGGAUUGUCAUCACAAGUCAGUAUAUUUGCACUAUUUAUUCUGCACUCCAUUCAGGAAACUCUAAAGUAUGACUCAUUCUUUUGCUUUGUAUUAUAACCCUAGAUCUAAUGGCCUGGUGUAACAUGCCCCACAGACCACAUUUUUAUGGGAUGAUAAAUAGUAACUUUAAAAUCUUCAAAGUUUUGCAAGUAACUCUUAAGUUAGGUGAUUGGGUUGACUUCUGCAGGCAUAGUUGGUAGGUUUUUACCAAAGCAGCAUAAAAUAAUCAUAUGUAUGUUGUACCCAUAUAAUGAGGUUACAAUGGCCUAACAUUGAGAAGGAUAGAGCUGAAGCUUAUGUUCAAAUUACUCACUGCCCUGCCAGCACAUUUUUAUUGUAUAAUGUUUUGUAUCUCAAGUGGACUCUACCUCCUCAUUAUUCUUGUACAGGAACAGGUAGCAUGCAUGAUGUCUGACAUUUCACUGAGCUAUUCCUGGGGAAGACAAGGCUCUUGAUGCCAAAAAGUAACUAAAGACAACCUCCUGAGUCUACUAGAGGUGGUAAAUUGAUAAAAGAGCACCACCUAUAUCAUUACAAAUAUUGGGGAACACUUUAAUGUGCUUCUUUAGGGCUUCCUUCUCCUUUGAACACUUUCAUCUAUGACCAAUAUUUCUGUUUGAGUUUAGAUCGUGUGGACAACAGAAUAUGAGAGAGUACGUGAAAAUUAACCACUAUAGGUUUGAAAAAUGCUCCGCUUUCUCAAGUCUGGACAAGAUACUUUAAUUCCUAGCUUCUAUUUAAAUACAUGCAAUUAAUGUUCCAAAGUCCCUUGACAAGUUUGCAUGUGUCUCUAACUUGGAAAAUGGGACCCCUUGACUAAUAUCCAAAAUUAAGUGAGAAAUUAGAGGAUUUAGAAAGGGUGGGGGUGGAGGAGGGGAACUGAAUUGAACAUUUUUUCCGAUAAUAAACUAGCACCAGAUCGUAAAUUAGUACACUGGUAUAGGUCACUGUUCACAUUGCUUUGUUCCUGAUAAGCACAUUCUUCUCAAACCAGAUUUUUUGAUUCAAGUCCAAAGGUGAGAGCAAGUGUGUAAGCAGAUCCCACCAAAACAAAUCAUGUGACCUGUGCCACUCAGCAAGCUAUGCAUGCCAGCUAUGGAUUAGAGAUUUUGGGCCAUGCAGUCACGGUCAGUCCAUUGUUUGCUAUUUGCAGAGGUUCAAUUAGCUUGCUGACUAGAUUUUUCUAGUUUAGGAAAUUGUUAUAGCUUCUGAAAUCUGCUGAGUUAAAAUACAGAUACCCUGCUGAUUCAUAUACACAGCCCUAAGCUGAUUGAUUAACUUGGGAGACACAAGAGACUGCAGAUGCUGGAAUCUGGAGCCAAAAACAAACUGCAGGAGGAACUCAACAGACCACACAGCAUCUGUGGAGGGAAAGGGAUGACCAGGACUGAUGCAGGGUCUCAACCCAAAACGUUGACCAUCCCUUUGCCUCCAUAGAUGCUGCUUGACCCACUGAGCUCCUCCAGCAGUUUUUUUUUGCUGAUUAUCUUACUUGGCAUUCAUACAGUAAUGCUAAACCUACAUUUGUUUUAUUCACUGCUUCUUGCCUUUGGGUUCAAUUGUAGUUCAGCACCUGAUACCCCUGGCAUGUUUAUAAGAGGAGCCUAUUUUCAAUUUAACUGAGGUCAAACCUUAGAGACCUAUGAAGAGCAAUCCAUUAUAAAUCCAUAAGCAAAUUUUUCCCCCGAAUUAUUUCUUUGAACAGAAAUCUAGAUAAGCAGGUUAGACUCUUCAACUACAGCAUCAUAUCCCCCCAGGGCUACACUGACACCACAUCCCAUUACUGAUUUUACCAAGCCCUUCUAUUUGACCAGUAUAAUAUUGGUAUUAUUAGAUUAGAUGAUAGUCGGCUGCAGAGUUUAAUCAUUUUGUCCAGUGAAUAUAGUGUCCCUUACAGACCUACCACCCAGCUGUAAUGAAAGAUUUACAGCAUUUCAAAAAUGCUUGUCUCUAUCUUUCUCCAAGGAGCUAGUUUAGAUCCCUGAAUCCUGUCUGUGCUACAAAUUGGGCAAUACUGCAAGAAACUUUUAGUCAUGCUUCAGAGGACACUGACAAUGAUUUUGCACAGUUGCAAUGAGCUGGUUCCAUUGACCCUCUGAUUAUUUUAAUAAUUUUGCUCAAGAUCGGUGCUGUUUAAAGGAUUUUAGACAGGUUUCUGAUCCAAGUUCCUUGAAAUGUUUUACCAAAAGUUCCUCAAGCAUGAUACUGUAAUAACAGCAAACAGGCUUGUCAACAAUUUAAGUAUGGAGAUAUUUGACAUUUGUGUUUCCUGUGGUAUCACCAUUUGAACAACAUCCACUUGAUAUAAGUUCCCAAGUGGAAUAAUUUCUGUAUCUGAUUCACCUCCCAUCCCUUAACUCUCCCUUUGCCUCCUCCCUGCCUCCCCCCCCCCCCCCCCCCCCCCCCAAGCCAUCCUGCAAUCUCAGAAUUCCAUCCUGCCUCCAAAAGACAAUGAAUAGAUCUGUCUGUCUAUAAACCAGUCUGAGGAACAUGGAACUGUGGCCCUGUCAUUGCAGUAUCUUACCAUUACUGGCUUUUUAGAAAAUUUAGCAGACCAGAUCUCAGAUUUGAUUUGCCUCUUUUCCUGUGAUGCUUCUGACAAAGCUGUAUGCGGUAAGCUCAAAGUCACAAACUGCUUUGUAACAAUGUUAUUACACAUCUUCAAAACUUUAAGCUAUUUGAGGCAAUGUUCUCAUCAGAGACCAAGCAAAGAAUAAAAGUGGGUUAACCUUUAAGAUGGAGGAUAGGGCCCUUAAGGUAGAGGUAGCUUUGAGCUAGAGGAUGAACAAUAAACACAUGUUAGAAACUCCAGUGAGUUGUGUUUACCUUCCAUCAUUGCUGUAGCACUAAGUAGUGUUUGUUAGGAAGAGAACCACUAAGGAACAAACACCAUUGUGACUUCCAGGGAAGGUUGAUUUCUGUUGGGAUUUAAGAUCCUGUGCUUCCAAGCACUGUUUCUCCUUCCUUGAGCAAAUUGGUUAAAGAUAUUAUUGUUGCCAAUCCUGAAGGAAGGAGAUUCAUUUUAAUGUAUGCGGUUACAUUACAGAGCAUUCUACUAUUUAGACAGCAGAUAUUAACAAUGUGAAACUUCAUAGUGACGAGGACUGGAGCAGAGGUACACCACUGUUUGUCAUCGAUACACAGAAAUAUGGGCCCUCAAGGUGUCUGAUCCAUGCAACAGUUAAAGAUAGAUAUUAAGUUUAUUCUAAAUAUUAAAAUUGUGUUGCAGUGUCUCUGCAUUUAUAAUCUUGUAUGUUGUAAUGAAAACUGCCUGUGUCCAAAUGGCGCUGUGGUGAACACUUUAAUUUUACCUGUUGGCUUCAGUUGCAAAGCCUUAUCACGCAAGUUCCAUUCAGCAUCUCCUUUCUUCAAAACCUCGACAUCCAAGUGUUCGGACCUGCCAUCUACUAAAAUCAUCCUUUCUUUGGUACCUGCUACUAUGCUUGCUGGAGGUUUGCUUACUAAGGCUCAACUUAUUGGAAUAAUUCACUUCCAUCUGACACAAAUGUCAGCUUUGCCCCACAUCCGUAAUGUCCUUUCCAUUUUCAGGUCAUCAUUGUUCCUUGGGCUAUGCCACUGAAAAUGGCACGAAUUUUCAUUCAAACUGGACUGCUUUCAGUAGGCUGCCCACGUUGUAAAACUACAAGAGUUAGUGAGGAAGAGUUUCAUUACUUUAGCAGUCUCAUAAGCAGUUAUGCUGGUCUUGCUGUUCUUUUUGCACAAUUCUUAAUGGUUUUGAAUCAAUCUACUUUUUAAAACUUGGAGGAAAUUUGAUUUCCUGAUUUGGGCACAAAAUUAUGUUCUAUCUAAUUUCAUGCAUGAUGGAACAUCCAAUAAUUUCUUCUGUUUUACCUGGAAGUAAAUUACUGGUGUCUAUCUUAAGAAAAAAAUAUCCCUUUCUAUCUCUGUUCCGUGUCCUGAUGCUUGAUUCUAGGCUCCCAUCUUUGAAUUUACAGGCUCUUGACAGAUUCUUUGAACUGCCUCAGUAGCUGAUAGUUGAUGGAGGAAUAGGAUCAUGGGCUAUACUGAAUAUUUAACUGUAGUGUGCUUUACAUAAUCAAAUGGCUGCCCUGGCCCAAUUAAAUGAAAUAGCUGCCUACAGAAGAGAUACCACAGACAGCUACUAAAGAGCCAAUAUGGAGUUAGCUACAACCUAAGAUUGACCUGUCCUCUAAAAGAUGUUUUCCAUUCUCUAAGAUUGGAUGGUGGAGCUGUUAUUCCAAGGACCAUUUAUUAAUACUUGUCAAGACUUCAAUUCACAUUGCACCAUCCACCCAAAAAAAUUCCUCAAAGUGUUGCACCUGCAAUGUCAUUGCAAAGUACAAUUAUGUCAUGUGGUUGCUGCUGUGCAUUCACAAGACCGCAUAAUCAGCAAUGAGGCGAAUGGCCCUUUAACCUGGCACUAUUUUCACCUUGCACUUGAUUUCAACAAAGUGGAGUUUGCUGUGGCUCUCCAUACUUGUGAGUGCAGGGCCUGAUGCAAGGAGACAAGGUGCUAAUGUUGCUCUGUGUGUAAACAUAGCAUUGAUCUAGCCAGUAGGAAGGUUCUGAAGUUCCAGCUGUGACAUGGUAGCACAAGUCCAAAGUUGGAAGUUCAUUCCACUCUGCAGAACCACCAAAAUGUGCACUGCUGCGCAGUUUGGGGUGCCAUCUUUCAAAUUAUACAUUAGAUCAAGGCCAUUCUGCUUUCUCAGGCAGACAUAAAAGAUGCUAAGGCAUUAUUUUGAAGAAGAGCAGUGAUCUUGGUCAUUAUCCAACCCUCAAUAAACUGAAAUAUACAUUAUCUUCUCAUGAUCAUGCCUCCAUUUGUGGGUGCUUGCUGUAUGGCUGCUGUAGGACCUAUAAUGGCCUUUUUUUCCACCUCAGAAGUACUUCAUUAGAUGUUCCAAAGCAUUUUAAAUGGUGUAAAAGUCACCAUGUAAAUGCAUUUUUAUUUUGUCUUUGCUGUUUUUGUCUGAAGGGAGAUGAGCAGCAACCAUUUUAUUCCCUUGUGGGCUUUCUGAACUCCAAGACCACCAACUCCAAUCCCCGCAGCAUCAGGUUCUAAGUGGUUUGCAAAUAAAAUGCUGACCGCCUUUCUGUUGCCCUCAAUGGCUUGAGAAGUGUUGCCUAGAACAGGUUCUGAUUUCAUUCAUCCUUACCUCCUAUUGAAGCAGGUGAGAGGAAAUGAAAAUAUAAAUUGCUUCUCUGUUGGAUUAUCAGUAAUGUGGGGUGUGGCCAAUGGAAGAUGGCACUUGUAUUGGGGUUGGACAGAGAUUACCUGCUUCCAGAGUUGAUGACCGUCACUGUUGCUCAAAUAAACCUAUGUCCAUCAAAGGUGUUGACUUUGAUAUUUAUUUUCAACUGUGAACUUGCCCAUCAGCUCUGUAAACUAACAGUAAGAAACGAGUACAAUUCUACCGAGUAAUAAGUGACAGCAGUACAUCAAAUGAAAAUGGGUCUCUAUUUCCCUUCCAAAAUGCUAUUGGGCAUUUCAAAGCCUGCAAAAUAUUUGGUUUGCAGCCCUGAGGCACUUGAUAGGCUUCAGUAAUCAAUGUAAUGGCUGCAUAUUUGUAGAAUAGUCCUAGUAAUUCCAGUGAGCAGGAGGGAAAGUACAAUCUGGGGUAGACCACCCAGAAUUCACCCAUUCAUUAACUGCCCUUACUCCUUCACAUGUCACUGAUCUUCCUGUUUGUAGUUCUAGAAUUUUCAUCUUAUCUGUCUCCAUUCUGAUUAAUGCCCCUCUUCACAUCCAAAUUAGAACACGUAGAAAUUAGAUCAUUCAACCCUUGGAGAAUCAGCAUUGAUUACCUUGAAUGGUGGAGCAGGCUCAAAGUCAAUACCCUGUUCCUGCUUUCACUCUGCAUACCUUGAUCUAAUGGUUUGGCUGCAAGACUUUCCCUUGCAAAUUAAUCUGUGUACCUGCAACUCCAGUUCUCCAUUGACAAAGACUAAUUCAUUAUCUCUGUAUCAAAUCCACCUUGUGACAGAUGGGAUGCUUUAGAGAAUUGAUGUGGGCAGCAUCCCUCCACAAUAACCUGACGUUGUGUCUCCCCCUUGAAGAGUCCAAGCCCUGCUAAUGAAACCAGUGUUGGGUAGGAAGCCCAUUUGUUGAGCUGUUCUGACUCUAUUCAGUGUGAUGGAGAUAGUUUGUGUCGAGUGUUUGGUAUUCACAUUGAUCGUUGCAAUGGCCCAAUACUAAAUGGCAAAAAGUGUGCAUUAUUUGUGCUUCCAGUCAGGUUGUUACUCACCUCCUUCCCUUUGCUGCUGGCCUUUGUGAUGAAGCUUUCUGUGUGAAGCAUGGCAUUCAAAAGCCCACAUGUUGAACUGCCUGCUGCUGCACAUCCACACCUUUUCCCUGGGGUCAAUGUUUAUCACUCCUUCGACAUCUCUUCAAAGAAUCAGGACAUUUACUGCAUUGCUGCUUUCUUGGUGCAAAAUGGCUGCUAUCGCUCCCACCUUGCAAUACUGUCCCCUUUCAAAGGUAAUUCAUUUGCCUGUAAAGCAUCUGAAAUGACCUGUGGCUGUUAAAGUUGCUAUAGAAAUGCAAGUCUUUUAAUCUGGAGAGAGCAUCUUGGAUUGUGAACUGACCCAAGUACUGGUGUCUAUCACUGGUCAAGCAAACAACCUGAGUGGUGAGAGUUUCACAAGGUGCAUGCUGCACACUAAAGCAGAUGGGAUUUGGCAACUUCCUUUGCCAAAACACUAAAUCCUAGUGACAACAUUGAAUUAAAUACAUCCUUUCUGCAUUAUGUUAAUCCAUAAGUUUAAUAUCCAGCCUGGUUUUACUUGCCUAUUUAUUUUUUUCCAGUUUAGAUUUUAAAGCAUUAUUAUUUUAUAAAUAUUACAGCAUUAAGCAUAUCUUAAAGGUCAUCGACAAGAUGUUUACCAACUCCAAUAUUUUUAUGUUCCUAUUGUAUUAGGUUUAUGAAAAUCCACUGUCACAUCACUGUGGUGGGUGUGGCUGUUCAAAUCAAAAGGAAGAGAUUAAUGAGGAUGAUUUGUAUCCGUUUCUUAAAUCUCAAUAAAAAUAAGUAACUGCA